GUGUUCCUCACUUUCCCCACUUGCUUGCUUCUCUUCAGUCUCGAUCACUUCCCUGUCUCUCUCCCAACACCCACUCCUCCGCCCUAUCCACUCUCACUGCCACAGCAAGAAUCCCAAAGCACUCAUAAAUCCGAUCAUCACCACCGCCGAACCCUAGUCCACCAUCUCAUUGAAAUCCCAUUUUCCUCUCCUCUAAAACCUUUUUAACUCCCACUCAAAAAACCAACCAAGAAACAGAGGAAGAAAAACUAUCACCCAUAGAUAUGCUCUCCUCCGCUCCCUCGUCGGCGCUAAUUCCAACCCUCACCCUCCUCCUCUCUCUACCCGUUCUCUUCUUCUUCUUGGCCCCUCGUUUUCUGCCUCCGCGCCAAAUCUCCAUCUCCCUUCCUGAUGAGCUCGACGACCUCUCCCUCUUCCAUAAAGCUAUCGCCAUGGACUCCGCCAAUUUCUCCCGCCGUCCCACUCAUCUCCCCUCCGCCAAAUCCCACCUCUCCUCCUCCCUCCGCCGCCCCAAAAUCGCCUUCCUCUUUCUCACCAACUCCCCUCUCCAUUUCGCCCCUUUGUGGGAACGUUUUUUUUCCAAUGUCACCCUCAAACACUAUAAUAUCUAUAUCCACGCUGACCCUUUUGUCAGAGUCACUCCUUUAGACGGGGUGUUUAAAGAUAAAAUCAUCCCCUCAAAGAGAACUCAAAGAUCUUCGCCUACUCUUAUAUCUGCCGCGCGCCGCCUGCUCGCCACCGCGAUGCUGGACGACCCGGCAAACGCUUACUUCGCUCUAAUUUCCCAGCACUGCAUCCCUCUUCACUCGUUCAAUUAUUUUUACAAUUUUCUUUUUGAUCUAGGGAGAUUGUCCAGGGAUUUGGAGUUCCCCAGCUACAUUGAGAUUCUUGACAAUGAGCCCACUUUAUGGGAUAGGUACAAUGCGAGGGGGGAGAAUGUCAUGACCCCGGAAGUGCAGUUUGAUGAAUUUCGAGUGGGCUCUCAGUUUUUCGUGCUUACACGGAAGCACGCCCUGACGGUGAUUAAGGAUAGGAAGCUGUGGAGGAAGUUCAAGUUGCCAUGUUUAAAUGUAGAUUCUUGUUAUCCGGAAGAGCAUUACUUCCCUACAUUAUUGUCUAUGCAGGAUCCAAAAGGUUGUUCUCAUUAUACAUUGACGAGGGUGAAUUGGACCGAUAGUGUGAACGGCCAUCCACACACUUAUCACCCGCCUGAAGUGUUCCCUGAGCUGAUUUACAGGCUCAGGAAGUCGAAUUCGAGUUAUUCAUAUAUGUUUGCGAGGAAAUUUUCGCCUGAUUGCUUGAAACCGUUGAUGGAAAUGGCAGAUUCGGUUAUUUUCAAGGACUAAUCUUUGCCACUGAAGAGGAAAAGGCAAAGUUUGAGGCUUUUGAAUGGAAGGAUGUUGGGCCCAUGUGGGAUUUAGGCCUUUUGAGUGGCUGUCAAAAAUAAAAAUGCCCUCAACCUAAGUAACCCAAAGAGGAUUCCAACUCAAGCAAUGGUAGUAGAGCUUUUUAAAUCUCUGUAGUCAAAACUAUGUUGAUUUAGUGGUUGAAAUGGGUUUCAACACCCAGCAAAAGUAGGUUGAUUGAAUGGUGAUGGGGACCCCUUUUGGUCCUUUUGUUGUCUAUUCUGUACAUAUAUAAGUGUAAUGAGUGGGUGGAAGGUGGGAUGUUCAUGUAUGAGAAUGAACAUUUUCUUGGCUUCGCAUAAAGAGAAUGCAGAAUUUGCCACUCCCAUUGCCUUUUCUUUUGAGUAGAUGCAUUUCUUGAUCUAUUGUAUUAAGUGCUAAAAAAGAUGUGAAUCUACUUUUUCACCCCCUUUGUAUUU